AUGGCUCGCCAUUCACAUAGACACACAUCCAUACUUGCAGACUUCUCUACUUCAUUCAUCGGUUUAUUAAUUUAUAAUGUCUUUGCAUACUUAGUUCCAGCCUACAAGACAUUUGAAUCUUUCCAAUCCACAGAUAUUGAAGAAGAAAAGCUUUGGCUCAAAUACUGGCUCUUUAUGAUAUUCUUUAUCAAAGCUGAAGAACUUAUCAGAUCUUUAAUUCAUCUUCCAGUUCAAUGGUAUUAUAUCAAAUUGGGAUUACUUAGCUUCUUCCUUUUAGUUAACACCGAAUUGAUUGGAAAAGCCUACAAUCGCUUUGAAAAGCCCUACUUCGAAAAAUAUUCCGGAAUAAUCUGCGACUUUUUAAAGUAUCACUAUAGAAAACUAAUGAACCAUAGAGCUGAUAUGCAAAAGAAGCUCAUUGACAUUGCAGCAGCUAAUGAAGAAGCUAUUAAUAUGUAA